CCACACCGUCUCUCCGCAUCAUUUGCAGCGAUGGCAGAUCAGAUAGCGGCUGCAUCACAAGCACUCGCGCUUGUCCCUUCCACGGCAUUCAGCGGCAAUGACGUGACAGUUGAGUUUGCGUCUCUCAAGUCGAAACUCGCGUCGAUCGAGAGCACACAAGAACGCCUCGCGGCUGAGUUUGCUGCAUUGAAGGAGCAAUUUACGCAGUUGAACACGGAUAAAGGACCUGCGUUGGAGGAGUUGGACAAGAAGAUCGAGGCACUCAAGAAAGUCGUGGAAAUUGACCAACAGCGACUUCCUGCGCGUUUGAACAACUCUCGGUGUACAGUUUUGAAUACGCCACUCAAGGCGCCCGUUGGAAACGAUGGCAAGCCACCGCCAAACUUCCCUGCUACUAGGGGAGAAUUCGAGCAUAUUACAAAGGAGCGCUACGAGACUAUUCUCAAGGCUUAUGGUCUGCCCCUCAAAGGAGACACUGACGCCAAGCGAGAAGCUGUUCGUAUAUUUGUCGGCAUCCCUCAAGAUGGGCUUUAA